AUGGAGCACGAUAUUAACAAGCCGUAUAAAAUCUGUGAUGUAAAUCGAGAAAAAAAGAAAGGAAUUGUGGCAUUAUCCCUUGAGGAUCUUCUUGCAAAAGUACCGGAAAAAUUAGGGAUGCCUUCGGAGAAUUUAACAGUGGUUUUAGAAUCUGAUGGCACUGAAGUGGACGAUGAAGAAUAUUUUUCUACUUUAGAACCUGAUACUUCUCUUAUGAUUUUACAUGGUAAUGAAAAAUGGUCUCCAAAUAUGCCAAAGUGCCAAGUGUCUCUUGAUCAAACGGAUGACAUCGCAUUAGGAGACAAAGGACAAGUUGCUAACUUGGUUGGAAGGCUACAGCACAACUUGUGCCAUAUCUCACUGCUUGGAGGUCAGGACUUGGAAUUGUUGUCAGACAUGGAUCCAGACAGUCUAGCAGAUAUUGUGACUGAUAGAGACAAUAGAAUAAUUUUGGAGCACAUCAAAGAAGCAUCUGGAAGAAUAUUACUGGAGAAACGCCAAGCUCAAGAUGCCAUGGAAUUGUUGAAACUGUAUCAUCAGAGUGUUGCCAAUGGUAAUGAGGAUAUGUCACCACCAAAGCAAGAGAGAGUGUAG